AACAAAACGCGACAGAACGAUUCAGUUCACAUUUGACAGUCGCGAGCGACGCACGCCUGUGUCAUUUCGGAACUUAAGACAAAAUCAAAUCACCAUGCCAGAAGUACACCCCGCGUUCGCCAAUUCUGGCAAGAAAGCUGGAAUUGAAGUCUGGAGGAUUGAGGAUUUUGAGCCAGUAGCUGUUCCGAAAUCUCAUCAUGGCAACUUUUACUCUGGAGACUCAUACAUCGUUCUUAGUACGACAGGAUCAGAAGACCGAUUGGCCUGGGACAUCCACUUCUGGUUGGGAAGCAAGACUUCGCAGGAUGAAGCCGGAUCAGCUGCCAUGCUGACCGUCAAUAUGGAUGAUGAGCAGUUCCACGGAGCUGCUGUCCAACACAGAGAGGUCCAGGGUUACGAAUCUAGGCAGUUCCUGGACUAUUUCCCGCCUGCAAUCAGGUACCUGGACGGAGGCCACGCGUCUGGCUUCAACCACGUCACAAUCAAUGAGGGAGCUGAACAGAGACUGUUCCAGAUUAAGGGCAAAAGAAAUGUUCGAGUUAAGCAGGUGGAUGUCAAAUUCGAGUCUCUCAACAAAGGCGAUUGCUUCAUCCUGGAUGUGAACCACGAAAUAUACCUGUAUGUUGGAGAGAACGCCAAGAGUGUGGAGAGACUGAAGGCCAUCACAGUGGCCAACCAGAUCAGGGAUCAGGAUCAUAAUGGCAGGGCCAGCAUUGAGAUUAUUGAUGCGGAUUCCAAGGACAGUGAUUACGAGAAGUUCUUCGAGGCUCUGGGAUCUGGAGACAAGGACUCCGUGGCUGAGGCGGACGAGGGUGGUGAUGAUGAGGAGUUCGAGCGCGGUGCUGACGUGGAGGUGACCCUCAGUGAAAUCUCCGAUAGCUCCGGCUCCAUCAGGAUCACCAAGCUGUCUCCCCCAUUCACACAGGAUCUCCUGAACACAAAGGAAUGCUACAUCCUGGAUACUGGAAGCCGCAGCGGUAUCUACGUGUGGGUCGGACGUCAAUCUAAUGAAAAGGAAAAGUCCGAGGCUAUGAAUAAGGCUGAACAGUACCUUAAGACUCACGACUAUCCAUUCUGGGUUCACGUAACCAGGGUCCCGGAAGGUGUGGAGCCGACAGCCUUCAAACAGAACUUCCAAGAUUGGAAUUAAUUUUUUACAUAUUUUUAUACAACACAACAACUCCACUCAUUUUUGUAAGAACAAUUGGUUCAAUAGAAAUUUUUGAUACAAUGUAUAAAACAAAGUCGUAUCUAUGUAUGUAUGUGAUCCGCCUUCAAAAUUUAAUGUGGCAACCUCAAUUUUUUUAAGUCGGGUAAUAUACCCAAAACCUUUUUCUAAAAAUUACAUAGAAAGGCGUUACUUUGCGGAAAUCCAAUUAUAACAACAAUACAGUAAGAUUUUUAGUUUUUAUAUAUACAUAGUAAAAGUGGAAUUAAAACUUCCCAAAGUCUAAAAAUGACUUUACUGAAAACUACAUCAAUAUUUGUUCAGCCAAACGCGAGAUAUUCGCGCACAAAUAUACAUACAUACAGGUCAAACUAAGAACCUCCUUUUUUUGAAGUCGGUUAAAAAUUAAGUACUCAACCACGCACAUUAUAACAUGAGGAUCUCUAAAAUUUUUGGACAUACUAGUCAUACAUAAUAGUUAACUGGUGAAGUCGGGUUCGAUUCCCGAGUCAAGUAUUUUAAUUUCGUGAUUUUUGUUUAGUAUUGCUUAGCAAUAGAUAUAAUCUUUUUUAUUAUAAUAAUGGGACUUUUAACAUAAUUGGCGAAAAGAAAUACAUAUAUUCAUGUUUUUCUUUAAAAAACGUUGCCCCACACUAAGAUUUUCACCUGUGUCGUAGGUGCGUUUACAAACAUUCAAUUUCACAUUGUACAGUGGCAUUAAAUAUCGUAAUGUGCAAGUGUACCUCUGCCUACCCGUUUAGGCAUAAAAGGCGUGAUGUUACAAAGAGUUGCUCUGUGCGGGGGAAUCGAACCUGCUACACGUUGCGCGGCAGCCGAUUACCUGUGCAGUCGAAUAUUGAUAGUUACCUAUAAUAUUCUAUAAUAUUGCUAGCUCCAACGUCACGCCUUUAUUCCCGAAAGGGUAGGCAGAGGUGCACAUUACGGCACGUAAUGCCGCUAUACAAUGUACUAUAUUAAUACAAUAUACUGCCAACUCCUUUCAAGUAAAUAGUCGUUAUGUUAUGGUCCCUUAUACAUGCACAAACUUGCAUUACCUAUUAAUUGCAUUUCUACAUAAUAAUAAUAAUAUAUUAUUUUUUCUUUUAUUUCGAAUAUUACUCUUAAUAUAGAUCUAUCUCACAAUAUCUGAUUGAUUUUUAAUGUCGCUUUAACUGAAAUUAUAAUAUAUUAUAGUUACUUUUGCCCGUGACUUCGCCCGUGUUAAAUAGUCUUAUUAUUAUUGGAAUAGUCUUGUUAUUAAUGGAAUUUAUCAAAAUGUACCUUAAAUUCCUAACCCCCAUAAGACCGGCAACGCACUUGUAAAGCCUCUGGUGUUUCAAGUAUCCAUGGGCGGCGGCGAUUGCUUACCAUCAGAUGAUCGGCCCGCUCGUUUGGCCUAUUCAAAAAAAAAAAAAAUCAAUAGUCAGAUAUUGUGGAAUAAGUCUUAAAAAAAUGUACUUAUUUUUACUAAUAAUACUUUUGUGAUUUUGUAUUUUUAAUUAAUUUUAUUUUAUCGUUAAAUUAUAAUAAUGAUAUUUUAAUCGAAUACAGUAUUUUUUAUAAAAAGUC